CCCCAGUGCAACCUGCAGGGCUUGUGGAGGAACGAACUGGGCUCCAACAUGACCCUCUUGGCCCUGGACGCAGCUGGAACCUUCACGGGCUCCUACCACACUGCUGUGGCAGACACCGACAAGCAGAUCCUGGUGUCACCACUGCAAGGGGCCCUGCAGCACUCCAGUAACAAGGGGCAGCCCACCUUCGGCUUCACCGUGCAGUGGCAGUUUGCAGACUCCAUCACUACAUUUGUGGGCCAGUGCUUUGUGGACCGCCGAGGGAAGGAGACGCUGGAGACAACAUGGCUUGUGCGGGAAGAGGUCCCAUCACGCAGGGACACAUGGAGAGCCACCAGAGUCGGCACCUCCAUCUUCACCCGCGUCAAGUGAUGGGGAUGGAGAUUGGAGCUGCUUGCAUCCUGCUGUCCCACUGGCAUUCCUGAGGCUCUCCACUGUCCUGGUCCUGGGCUGGGCUCCUGCUUGCUCCCAGUAUCCUAGCUGGAAACACACCCUCACCCUGUGCUGCUUUCUCCCAGUGCCUCCCAGCAUCCCUUCCCAAA